CCCGACCUGCGGACCACCACCACCACAUCCCUGACUUGGGCAGUGAAAGAGAGCGGGAGAGCUCUGUCCGAGAGGAGGUUAGGGUUUGGUCUUCUUCUUCCCGCGAAAUCCUGAUCUUUUUUAGGCGUUCUUCAGCGAAGAUCGACGAUCAGAGACAUCUCUGUCUCUCCAUCGAAUAGUUCGGCUUUGGCAGAGAGAGAGAGAGCGAGAGAGGAUGUGGCACGAAGCUCGGCGGUCGGAGAAGAAGGUCCAUGACCUGAUGGACGCCGCUCGGAAGCGGGCGCAGCGCCGGGCGGUCUUCCUCGCUAAGCGUCGCGUCGACCCCCAACAGUUGAUUCAGGCAGCCGGAUCCCGGUGCCGCGUGUACCGUGACGACGGGCUCUACCAGGCUACCCAGGAUCAACAGGGACUAAUACCUUGGAAUGGGAAGCAAAAUAUUUUAAUUGACAGAUUUGAUGGCCGUGCUCUUCUUGACUUCAUUCGAGAUGCUGAUUCUAGACGCAUUCGAGCUCAAGAAAAAUCUGAAGAAGAAGAAGAACUUGAAGAGUUUGUUAAUUUUGAGCGUUACCGGGAUUUAAUUAAGCAUCGACGAAAAGGAUUUACUGAUGAAGAGGGCUUACAGCAUGUUAAUCAAGACAUGGAGGCAAGAGCUACAGCUAUUUAUAUGUCACACAGGUCCCAUCCUCCUCAGCAGCCACAGGUGAACAAAGGCUCAUAUUCACAGGUGGGAUUCUCUUAUGAAAGUGAUGGAAAGGACGAGUCUCAGAUUCUGGAAAGCGAUGAAGACGACGAAGAUGAUGAGGAAGAUGAUGAUGAAAAAGAAAACAGCAGUGACGAUAGCAAUGAUGAAGGGAUGGAGGCGAUUGCUAGAGAAUUUGGAAUAAAAAGAUUUAAUUGGCUUGUGCGUAUGGAUAAAAGGGCUAAGGAAGAAGAGAAACGACAAAAAGAAGCUGUGAAAGGGGACCCCGCAAUGAGAAAGCUUAGUCGAAAGGAGAGGAGAAAGGCUUCUCAGAUUGAAAGAGAAAGAGACAGAGAAGCUGCACGUAUCUCAGGAAGUCGAUUGUUUCAUAAUGACCCCUACAGGGAGUCUCGGCGAAGUCCUACUUAUGAAGCAUAUUCUCGAUCCAGGAAAUCAAGAUCCAGGUCACAAUCACAUUCACCUUCAUAUUCCAGGCGCCAUGAACGCAGUUCUCAUAAUGAUGGUGGGCAUCGGAGCAAAUCCAAGGCUCCAAAAAUAGAGUACAUUACAGAGUUUGGGGGUACAGCAGAUGUGGAUGAUCAGAGGCUGGAAGGAAUCUCCCCACCACAAUCUCCUCCUCAAGUUGAUACACUUAACCGGCCUUCUUCUGGUCGUAUACUGGAGGCACUGCAUAUUGAUCCCGCAUCAUCUGUUUCUACAGAUGUGGAAAAGAAUAUGAAAAUGUCCAAGCCUCCUGUUAGCACAUCAUCUGCAUUGGCAAAAUUAAGCAAGCCUGCUACUGCUGGGGUAGCUUUGAAGGCACAGUCAAAUGAGAAAAAGGAGACACCUCAGGAACGUCUUAAAAGAAUCAUGAGCAAGCAGCUGAACAAACAAAUUAAAAAGGAUUCAGCAGCUGAGAUGGCAAGAAAACGGGAACAGGAAAGACAAAGGCUAGAAAAACUUGCUGAAACAAGCAGAUUAGGCCAUCGCAGGAGGAGAAGUCGUAGUCGUAGUUAUAGCCGCUCCCCCCCAAGCAACAGAUACCGCCACAGCAGAAGCAGAAGCAGAAGCAGAAGCAGAAGCAGUAGUGGGAGCAGGAGCCGAAGCCCCAGGAGACGCUAUUCACGCUCUCGCUCACCCAGGUCUAGAAGUCGUUCCAGAUAUUAGAUGCAGCUAUAUCCUGGAGGCGAUAGGUUUAUGGUUCUCCCUUUUCUUCUGAUGAUCUAUCUGUCAUUUUGGGUUGUAAAUUUUUGCCAGUGUAUGUGCGACUCUGAAAGAUUUUAGAUGCUAUUCAGACAUAAGUAAUAUACCUCAUCUGGAUCACCAUCAUUUCUGUAAAAUAUUUACUGGUUCUUGUGGAAAGAGUUAACAGCCAAUGAUUGUAAGCUUCAGUGUA